AUGUCUUAUUCGUCCAUGGCAGUUCGCUUUUUCACCGCACCCAAACCACUUGGUAAUGCGAUGAAUCCCGAUGCUAAAUCCUCAGAUCUGUCGGGACAUACGGUCAUGAGGCCGAAUGUCUCGGCCGAUCGGCCCGAAUCAGAGGCUGUUGAGAUUCACAAGCCCAAGAAAAAGGGCUUAACCUUUGCGAAUCAGGAUUCUUUGCCGAAACUUCCUAUUCCCGAUUUGGAGGAUACGUGUCGUCGGCAUUUGGACGCUCUUGUUGCCUUGCAAACUCCGAGUGAGCAUGAGGAGACCAAGGCAGCUGUUCGGGAAUUUUUGAAAAAUGAUGGGCCUGCCCUCCAGGAGAAAUUGAAGAACUACGCUUCUUCAAAAACAAGCUUCAUUGAACAGUUCUCCGUCGUCUUGAACUUGAACCCGUUCUUCCUGCUGGAGGAUGACCCGACACCUGCUCGCAAUAAUCAAGUCACUCGCGCUGCAUCGUUGGUUGCAUCGGCCUUGUCGUUUGUACGUGCCGUCCGAAGAGAAGAGCUCCCGCCUGACACUGUGCGGGGGACCCCGCUGUGCAUGUAUCAGUACUCGCGACUCUUUGGAACGGCACGUCUUCCCACUGACAAUGGCUGUGUCAUCAGUCAAGACCCAGAGGCGAAACACAUUGUCGUGAUGUGCAGAGGUCAGUUCUACUGGUUUGACGUCUUGGAUGACAACAGCGAUCUCAUCAUGACUGAACGUGACAUCGCACUCAAUCUGCAUGUUAUCGUUGACGACGCAGCCCAAACUCCCCUCCAAGAAGCUGCCAAAGGCGCCUUGGGCGUUCUUAGCACAGAGAAUCGAAAGGUCUGGUCAGGUCUACGAGAUAUAAUGACCAAGGAUCCCUCGUCAAACAAUGCCGAGUGCCUUAAUAUUGUUGAUACCGCGUUGUUUGUGCUUUGCCUUGAUGACACGGAGCCCUCUAAUACCGGCGAGCUCUGCGCAAACAUGCUUUGCGGUACCAGUGAGGUAGUCAAGGGCGUUCAGGUAGGCACUUGUACCAACCGAUGGUACGAUAAGCUGCAGAUCAUCGUGUGCAAGAACGGAAGCGCGGGUAUCAAUUUCGAGCAUACGGGCGUUGAUGGUCACACUGUUCUGCGAUUUGCCAGUGAUGUCUAUACGGAUACGAUCCUUCGUUUCGCCAAGACAAUCAAUGGUCAAGCUCCGAGUCUCUGGGCAACUUCUAGUCCUGACCCAGCCAAGCGCGAUCCCCGUAGCUUUGGAAACGUCAGCACCACCCCACGCAAGUUGGAAUGGGACAUGGUACCCGAACUCAACAUUGCCCUUCGUUUCGCCGAAUCCCACCUUUCAGAUCUGUUACACCAACACGAGUUCCAAGUCCUCGACUUUGAGGGCUUUGGAAAGAACUUUAUCACCUCCAUGGGAUUCUCCCCUGAUGCGUUCGUACAGAUGGCCUUCCAGGCAGCCUACUACGGCCUCUACGGCCGCGUCGAAAAUACGUACGAACCAGCAAUGACCAAAUUUUUCCUCCAUGGCCGCACGGAAGCAGUCCGCACUGUCACACCUGAAUGCCUAGACUUUGUACGCACGUUCUGGGGUGAAAACCCCGCCGAGAAAAAGAUAGAUUCCCUCCGCACCGCGACCCAGCGACACACCGCCAUUACAAAAGACUGCUCCAAGGGCGAAGGACAGGAUCGCCACUUAUACGCACUAUACUGUCUGUGGCAACGCUCCUUCGACGAUGGUUUCUUCCACGAUACCAGUUCCGUCGAGUACUCCAGCCCCAGUGAAAGCAACGACUCCCCCAAACUCUCUGCUGUCUCAGACGACGGGCUCUCCUCCCCCGCCAGUGGCAGUAGUCGUGGCUACAGAACCGCCUCGCCACCUUCGCCCGCCAUCUUCAGUGAUGCAGGCUGGGACAAGAUUAACAACACCAUCCUAUCGACCUCAAACUGCGGAAACCCGUGUCUGCGCCAUUUUGGCUUCGGGCCUACGUCUGCUGAUGGAUUCGGAAUUGGCUAUAUUAUCAAGGACGAGAGUAUUUCUUUCUGUGCUUCCUCCAAACACAGACAAACCUCUCGUUUGAUGCAGACGCUUGAAUCGUAUUUAUUUGAGAUCCGGAAACUUCUACGCGCUACCAAUCGCAAGACUACCAGUCCCCGGACAAGCCGUGCCCGUGAGACGGAGGCCUUGGCCGAGCAACUUCAGUCUGAUCUCCAGCGCCGAGGGAGAAUUGUCUAUGGUGGUACCGAGACGCCUGGUACGACGACUGAUAGUGCGGAGCUGGAAGAUGAUGGAAUGGGAGGAUGUGAGUAUACCCCCUUUUGA